UUUCCAGAGAUGCUAAAGAAUUGCUGAUCUCUAGUGAUCUUGAAACACGCAGACAGCCAGGAGUACAAAACAAGAAGAAGACCUGGAAAUUUCUGUUUGCUUUACUCUAGACUAAUGGUCACUGAGCUCUAGAUCCUGUGAUGGUAUGGAUAUUUAAUCAAGAGAGUUCAAUUUCUUAGUUUGGUAAAAGUGACCCAAUUAUGAAUUAGCCAAUGCUAAAACCAGGAGCAAACUUUUCCUAGCUCCAGCUACAUCAUUAGAACAGCCAUUGGAAUUCUGGGAAGCAGAAUGCCAGCCAAGACACCUAUGUAUUUAAAGACACCCACACCAAAGCAUGGCAAAAAGCUAAAACUGAGGGAUGUUCUCUCUAGUGAUAUGAUCAGCCCUCCUCUAGGGGACUUGCGCCACAGCGCCCAUGUUGGACCAGAGGGGGAAGGUGACAUGUUCGGAGAUGUUGGCUUCCUACAAGGUAAAUUGGACAUGUUACCUGGCUUAGCACACCCAUCACACCCCUCUUCAAACAGGCAUGUUGACAUGUUUGAGGGAAAAGGCCUACAUGAUAGGUAUGACUCCCAUCAUAACUCAAAUCACAGCUCCAUUCUUAAAAACACUAUCUCAAUGCCUGCCUUCAUUACCCCUGAGCAGCCACCUCCCAAACCUCCUCGUCUACACUUAGAGGAAAGCUCCAAGCAGCAAAAGAACCACCACAAUCAGCAGCAACACUCCAUGUCUGUGUGUGCAGAAGGGGUUGGACACUACAAGGAAGCCUACCAUGACUUCACCCUAUCUGCCUCCAUCCCCAUCUUGAGACACCUUGUGCCCUCUGCUGGCUAUUUCUCUGAGGCCUCCUCAGAUGACUCUAUGUCUGAGGGCUGUGUUCCACCGGACCCUAAGCGAGGCCUGAGCCUGGACUCUGACGCUGGUUUGAGUAAUGAGGACCUACGAAGUGAACACAGCGAGUCUCCCGCAUUCUCUCCCACCAUGUCACGCUCAGAGUCUCUCGCUGGUUUCGACCUGGAUCUGGGACCAUCCAUUCUGGAGGACGUUCUCAGGAUAAUGGACCGUUACAAGAGUGUGAAAGACAGAUGUGAGCUGUAAGGGGACAAAGAGCCUUUAAACAUUGUAAUGUGCAUGUCCUUGCUUGGCCUUGUACUUCCCAUGCUCAGGGGGUAGUUAACACUUGCUGGACACAAGAGUAACCGGUUGUGACAGAAAAGCUACAAACUGAUAACUGCAUCUCUUACUGAGUAAAUGUCCAUGUGAAAUAGAGAUGCAGAAUGAAAAACUGCUUUUUAUAUUGUUUAUAUUGUACAUUUCCAUUAUUACAUUGAAAGUCUACUUAAUGAAAAUGGACUGUGACUUUUCUGCUGCCUUACAAUGUAAAUUAAAAGUACAGUGCUUAAGCAUGGAAUAAAUCCAGCACAAAAUUCAAAGGGUGGUUACAUUUGCACAUUAGUAAAUUCAUGACUGAUGUGAAAUACUGACUUGUUUGUUACUUUUUAAGUAAUAUCUGUGACUGAAACCAGUUCAUCUUGAUGUCUAUAUUUAUAGGUUUCUGUUUUUUAGCUCUUUGGGAAGUCUAUAACAAACACAGUUCAUUUUUAAUAUGUAUCGUUACGAUGAGAC